CGCGUCUUUCAUCGAUCCGACGCGUCUUAUCAAUCUUUAAUUAAGGAUAUUUCUAGGAUCUAUCAAUUCAUUACUUUCACUAGAAUCGAAUAUAGUAGUAAUGGCGCCACGAGCAGAUUCGGUGGCUGCAAGGCCGAAAAAUAACGAUAUUGACAAUUACGAUGUCGACGACGACCCGUUCGCUGAGUCGGGAAACGAAGCCCCUGCCAACAACGCGCAAUCGAAGAAACGUAAAGAUACUACCGGCCUAGGUAUUGACGAAGCUGUAGCUGUGGGAAAGAAAGCUAGAGCUCCAAUUGUCAAAUUAGAUGAAGGCAGACUAUUAUCCGAGAAGGGUAUACCAAGACUACGAAGAAAAGCACGAGAGCUAAAGUUCAAAGGCAAAGGACAUGAGUUCUCAGAUACUGCUAGGCUACUGUCAUUCUACCAAUUAUGGUUCGACGACCUAUUCCCGAAGGCGAAGUUCCUAGACGCCGCGGCUAUGGCAGAGAAGGCUGGUCACAAGAAAUAUAUGAGAAUGAAGCGGAUGGAGUGGAUUGACGAAGGAAAGCCCAGGCCAGCAGGACUUGACGGAGACGAUGACGAUCUCUUUGGAGAGCCUAACGGUCAACCAGAGGAACGCUCUGCCGCAAUAUUUCCAGCCAGGAUCGCCCCAAUAUUCCAGAAUUCCGCAAGCGAGAGGCCACGAACACCAAUACAUGAUGAUGUACCUGAUGACGAGGAUAUGGGUGAUAUCUACAACGCUAGUCCAGUGGCUUCAAGGACAACACAACCUGCAAAUACUUCUAUGUUUGGAAAUGGAGGGGCGAGUACAUCGCUGUUUGGAAAUGGUGGCGGUGGGGAGCCAGAUGAAGACGACCUAGAUGCGCUGAUGGCUGAGGAGGAAGCACAACGCACGAAACCCACUUCUCUCUUCGGUAAUGGCGGUACUGUGAAGGCCAGUCGACCACAAGAUGAGCCGGAUGAAGAUGAUCUGGAUGCAUUAAUGGCAGAGGCUGAAACCCAACCGAAGCAGGCGCCAGCUGCUGCGAAUCACGACGAAGAUGAUGAUUUAGAUGCGCUGAUGGCAGAAGCAGAGAAUCAAGACCAGGCAAAGCAGCCUUCUAGUUCGAAGCCGAAGGAGGCCACAGGUAUAUCAAAAGAUGCGGCAGACUCUGAUGAAGAGGAAGCUAUGGCUGAAAUGGAUGGUUUAUGGUGAGUCAAACUUGGUAACGGGAAACGGCAUUAUCAUGCAUGUGAUGGUGUUUAGGAGUUUGUUACGAUGGUCUGGCGAUCUAUAUAUGAUCGGAUUGCCACUAUUUUAAUGUCUUAAAUGAAUUUCGUCCGUUACAAUGCAGAGAUGAAAGGAUGAAAGGGCUUGGAGCUCAAUAGGUAUGACUCAACUCAGGAGUGAACAACCUUUGAACACCAC